AGCGCGAAAAUCGCGACUCGUCGCUGCAGCAGCGGGGUGCGCGCGCGCAGCGAGCCAGUCCGCCGCGAGCUCCCGCCGACAGGGAACCGCGCGCAACACACACGAAAAACAAAAACCGAUCGAUUCGAAAUUCAAAAGCUCAGCGCGCUCGAAGUUUUCUUUUUAAAUUGGAAAGAGGUUGAGGUUCCGGUGGUUGUGGGAUGAGACGCGGGCAGUGAUGCGCCGCGAGACAUGCGGCCCGCCGUCGUCGCUGCCUGCCUGCUGCUGCUCGCGCCCAUCACUGACUCCUGGUGGGCGUCAGGCAGCGCCGUGAUCCUGGACCCGCGCAUGGUGUGCAAGCGUCACCGGCGCGCGCGCGGCCGCCUGGCCCAGCUCUGCCGCAACGACACGGGGCUGCUGCGCGAGAUCAGCCGAGGGGUCACGCUGGGCGCCACCGAGUGCGCGCACCAGUUCCGCCACCGCCGCUGGAACUGCACCACGCAGCGGCGCAGCAUGAGGAAGAUUCUGAUGAGAGACACCCGGGAGACGGGGUUCGUGAACGCGAUCUCGGCGGCGGGCGUCACGUACGCCAUCACUCGCGCCUGCACCGCCGGCGCGCUGCUCGACUGCUCGUGUGAAAAGGGUCCCCCGCGCCCCCGCCGAGGCCGCGCCCCGCCGGUCGUGGUGCCGCCGGCGCACGUGCCCGCGGACCGCUGGCAGUGGGGCGGCUGCAGCGACAACGUGCGCUUCGGACUCAAGAAGUCCCGGGAAUUCAUGGACAGCCGAUACAGAAAACGAAGCGACAUCAAAACCCUAAUCAAGCUGCACAAUCAUAACGCUGGGAGGUUGGCCAUCAAGCAGUUCAUGCGGGUGGAGUGCAAGUGCCACGGGCUGUCCGGGUCCUGCACGCUGCGAACCUGCUGGUGGCGGAUGCCCUCCUUCAGGGAGGUCGGCGACCGCCUGAGAGACAAGUUCGAAGGAGCUGCUAAGGUAAUAGCAAGCAACGACGGCGAAAGUUUCAUGCCCGAGAGCUCCAUAAUCAAACGGCCUGGCAAGAAAGACCUCAUCUACUCUGAAGAGUCCCCAGACUUCUGCAGCCCCAACUUGAAGACUGGGUCUCUGGGCACGGAGGGGCGCCAGUGCAAUGCCAGCUCAGCUGGGACAGACAGCUGUGACCAGAUGUGCUGUAGACGAGGAUACACAGAAUCCAUGGUGGAGGAAAGCCACAACUGCAAUUGCCAGUUCAAGUGGUGCUGUGAAGUGACCUGCGACACUUGCUAUACGAAGCGAGACGUGCAAACGUGCCUUUGAUGUGAUAGAGUAAUGUAAUAAAUGUUUUUUAUUAAACUUUAGUGUACAGCUGUUUUAUAGUCACAUUAUUUCGGAAAUAAAGUUUCUGAUCCAGUUUUGUAAA